CUCUCUCACACACACUUCUCAUUCUCUGUCUCUCUCUCUCUGCUCGAACUCGAAGCCCUAUCGCUGUCUCUAAUGGCUACGGUUGCUCUUAACCCUCCCGAGGCAGAGAAGCUCUCCAAGCUUCAAUCUGCUACCAAAGGCCUUAAUCAGAUCAGUGAGAAGGAGAAAGCUGGAUUCACCAAUCUCGUGGCUCGUUAUCUCAGUGGCGAAGCUCAAUUCGUUGACUGGAGCAAGAUUCAGACGCCUACUGAUAAAGUAGUUGUUCCCUACAAUAGCUUAGCUUCUAUUUCUGAUGAUAUCACGCAAACCAAGAAUCUUUUGGACAAACUCGUUGUCUUGAAGCUCAAUGGUGGUUUGGGGACGACGAUGGGUUGUACUGGUCCCAAGUCUGUCAUUGAAGUUCGUAAUGGGUUGACAUUUCUUGACUUAAUUGUCAUCCAAAUUGAGUCACUUAAUACCAAGUACGGGUGCAAUGUUCCCCUGCUUCUGAUGAAUUCUUUCAACACGCAUGAUGAUACACUGAAGAUUGUUGAAAAAUAUUCAAAGUCAAAUGUUGAAAUUCAUACUUUUAAUCAGAGUCAAUAUCCUCGAUUGGUUGUUGAAGAUUUCUUACCACUGCCAUGCAAGGGGCAAACUGGCAAGGAUGGAUGGUAUCCUCCUGGUCAUGGGGAUGUGUUCUCCGCCUUGAUGAAUAGCGGCAAACUGGAUGCUUUAUUAGCAAAGGGUAAGGAGUAUGUCUUUGUCGCCAACUCAGAUAACUUGGGCGCUGUUGUUGACCUGAAUAUCUUAAAUCAUUUAAUCCAAAACAAGAACGAAUAUUGUAUGGAGGUGACUCCUAAAACCUUGGCAGAUGUCAAAGGUGGUACCCUUAUUUCCUAUGAAGGGAGAGUUCAGCUCUUGGAAAUUGCACAGGUUGCUGAUGAGCAUGUCAGUGAAUUCAAGUCUAUUGAGAAGUUCAAGAUUUUCAACACGAACAACUUGUGGGUAAAUUUGAAGGCCAUUAAAAGGCUUGUAGAAGCCGAUGCACUAAAAAUGGAGAUCAUUCCAAACCCUAAGGAAGUGGAUGGGGUCAAGGUUCUUCAGCUGGAGACUGCAGCUGGUGCAGCAAUUCGGUUCUUUGAUCAUGCUAUUGGAAUCAAUGUUCCCCGAUCUCGUUUCCUUCCAGUGAAGGCAACAUCUGAUUUGCUUCUUGUCCAGUCUGAUCUCUACACCUUAACUGAUGGCUUUGUAAUCCGUAAUAAAGACAGAAGCAAUCCUUCAAAUCCCACGAUUGAAUUGGGACCAGAGUUCAAGAAGGUUAGCAACUUCCUUAGUCACUUCAAGGCCAUCCCAAGCAUCAUUGAACUUGAUAGCUUGAAGGUUAGUGGUGAUGCCUGGUUCGGUGCUGGCAUAAAACUGAAGGGGAAUGUGACCAUUGCUGCAAAAUCUGGAGUGAAAUUGGAAAUUCCUGAUGGAGUUGUACUUGAGAACAAGGUGAUCAAUGACCCCAAGGACAUCUGAGUUGGAUGGCUUCUUGAUUUUGUUGAGUGUACCUAUCUUGAAUCAUGAAGGCUGUAAGCAAUAUUUUUUUCCAGCUUCAUUGAACGAGUUGUGUAUGAUCGAGGAAUGUUAUGAUAAUAACUAAUAAUAAAAAGAGGUUGAUUUUGUAGUAA